GCUCCACGCUGAGCACGGCAGGAGCGUAAACAAUGAUGGACAAGGAAUCAGUGCCAGAGAGGGAAAAUCUCUCCUCCGGUGUCGAUACAGUGGACGCACCACCCAAUAAUUACAUAUAUAGGAAGAUUGAUGUUGCGUUUGUUAUCUUUGGAAUAUUUACGUUUCUUUUGGAUUGGGGAUUUGAUAUCUUAACAGCCUACAAACACUGGCGGCAUGGGGACAUCAUCUGGUUCUCAUUUACAGUUGUGUUCAUCUGUGUUCCAUCCUUUGUAACGACAGGAGUUUCCUUACACUGGUACGUCAAAGAUGCAGACAAUACUAACGUGCCUAAGGCCUCAAUGUCUCGCUGGGCAGUUCGAAUAUUGUUCCAUAUUCUGCAGCUCGGCCCUAUACUCAGAUAUAUAGAUUCCUUGCAUUAUGGCCUCAUCAGUCGCAGGCACUGGAAACAGGGAGAGAGAAAACUCCAGAUCGAAUAUUAUACCUACAUGCUGUAUGAAGAAGGCGACUCGGUUUUCCUUAGGCUGUUUGAGUGCUUCAUGGAGGCAGCUCCACAGCUCGUCCUGCAACUGUACAUCCUGUCACUCGUGCGCAAGUCAGAAUAUGGAUCAGAUUGGUUUUAUGUUCUUUGUAUUGGAUGCUUCACUUCACUCAUAAGCCUUGCGUGGGGAGUGACUGCCUUUGCUCGAGGAAGCCGUUUCACCAACGUGGCAAAGCCUAAUAUAUCACUAAUUGGUUCCUUCGUCCUAAUGCUUUGGCACCUCUUUAGUAUUAGCGCGCGAGUCACAGCAAUGGUCCUCUUUGCCUCCGUCUUCCGACCCUUCUUGUUCAUAUUCUGUGGGGUGCAUUGGCUCAUCAUGGUGACGUGGCUCAUGGUGCGCAAGUCACUGAAGGAAAUGUGCAAUUCAGUCCUUGGGCAGAUUGGUCUAAGUUUCAUUUUGGGUGUCAUCUACAUCUUCGUUUUCAUUAAUGAGAAAGAGGAGGAUACCAAGCAGAAGUACUUUUUCUUCUAUACUAUAUUUGGAGUAGAAAACACAAUAAUGGUAGUUGUCUGGUUGAUUUACGCAAAGACAACUGUGUGGUACUAUAUUCCAGGAGUUGUUUUCCACUUUUCGGCCUUUAUAUUGAGUCUUAUCCUGAUGGGAAUCUACUACGGCCUUUUCCACCCAACGCUGCCGUCCAUCUGUAGCCAGAAACGGAGUCAAAGAAGGCCUGAAAUGGAUUGUAAAGAAGAGGAAGGUGAAGCCACAGCUAUUACAUCCCAGACAGUGAUGUAAAACGCUGGUAAAUGUAGCUUUACAGAUAUUUAUACUAUAUAAGGGUAUAAACAUAACAUUUCAGGCAGUAUGUAUGCAUUACAUAACAAGAAACUUUGUGAAUUGAAGUUUAGGGGAUUGUUAUGGUUAUGCAAUACUGUAUAAAGUAUCCUCAUUGUUGUUGAAAGAUUGUUGUUGGUAGUUCUUUUUUUUUUAUCUAUGUUUUAAGUGAUUUGGUUGACUGUCUAAAGCAGUUCCUAUUGAAUAUCAGCUUAGGAGCAUUUCUGUUUUGAGCCAAUUUGGAUUCAUUAUUCCAAUGAAACUAGGAGCUCAAUGUAGCACUAUGAAUACCAUAAAAAUAUUUAUUUUAAUUAGAAUGCUGCACAGAACUCUGUUUCAGUUUCUGUUUUAUGUCGAUGUGCAUAAUUAAGUUUCAUAUUUUUUCUUCAUGUAGGAUCAGUUUGGAAGAAGUUAACUGAAAUAUACAGGUGAGCAAUCAGAAACAACUAACAUUGAUUGGACUCACAAGUAUUGCAGAAAGAGUAUUAUAACUGGGAAGAAAAUUUAAGUGAAGUUUAGUGUGCACAAUUUUUUUUAACCCAACUGCCCCGGGUUCAUGUUCUGUCCCCUGUAGAGUUUUGUGAAUGUUACAUACAGAUAGUCCCACAUGUGUUUAGCCAGCAAGGAGCCUGUCAGUAGCCCUAGUGACCGAUCCUGAUAUCCUCAUUCCUUUAAUCGGCAGGAUUAUUUUAUUUAUUUAUUUUUUUCCCUUUUUAAUACAGUUGACAUCGUUACUGUUACUAUGGUUAUUGAUGUUAUGAUUAUUAGAUUGUUAUUAAAAUCUCGAUAACAUUUAAGACAAUGAAAUAAAGCAAAGGACCCUUUCCAAAAGUCAAGGGAAAGGGUAAACAGGUGAGAUAGAUAGGACUAAUAACUGACUCUUUGGUGACUAAACACUUGUAUAGCUAGCUAUGUGUAAAUACAAUAAAUAAACUUGUAUUACAUUGCCCAUGGUAUGUAUUCUUAUGGGGCGAUUGGGUUAAGGAGCAGUCUUUCAACCUGUAACUGAAAGUACAAUUAAUCACAUCACACAUCACAUUCUUUCCUUCAUUACAUGAACAUAGUGGAGCUGCUCUCCUGUAACAUGGAGCAUUCACCCAACAACCACGGAUUUAUGUUCUGUCCUCUGAAGUUUUUCAUGAAUUUUAUUACAUACAGAUGGCUCCACGUGUGCUCAGCCGGCAAGGAGUCUAUCAGUAGACCCUAGUGACCGAUCCUGAUUUCCCCAUUCCUUGAAUUGGUGGGAAAAUGUGUUUUUCUUAUGAAUACAGUUGAUAUCAAUAUUCUUAUUAUUGUUAUUGAUGUUAUGAUUAUUAAAUUAUUAUGCAAAUCUUGCUAACAUUUAAGACAAUGAAAUAAUACAAAAGAACCUUUCCAAAAGUCAAGGAAAAGGGUAAACAGAUGAGGUGGGUAGGAUUAAUAACUGUCUUCUUGGUGACUAAGCACUUGUAGAGCCAUCUAUGUGUAAAUACAAUCAAUAAAUGUAUAUUACAGUGGGCAUGGUAUGUAUUCUUGCCAUCAGUGCUGAUUGGGUUAACACAUAUGGCAGGAAUUUAAUAGCUUUUGCUAUUAUUAAAUUUAUAUCUCACAUUUUGAUAUCCAAAGACUAUAUACUAGCUCAUAUACUGCACAGCACAUUUUUUAUAUUCCUAAUAAUAUUGGUAUUGUUAUUUUGCACUAAACUUCAGGAGUAUGUCUAGAUAUAUGAUAUAUAUAUGACUAUGCUAAUCUGCCAGUAUUGUAAGUGAUCUGAUUUUAUGCUGAUAUAUUUUUGAAAAUAAGAUACUGUGAUAUGGUAAUUGCAAGAAAAUGGUUAUUAUUUUUAGUUUAUCAGAUUAUAUAUCCAAUAUCUACUCAUGUGUAUGUUAAUGAUAGGGCAGGCAGUUUUUUAUUAGGUAGAUUUACCUAGGUAAACCACUACAUGCCAAGGUUUCUUAAUUUGUUGUGUCCUGUCACAAACUCUGUCAUAAGCAUUUCUUUAUCCAACAUCUGCUUACCACAACUCCUAACUACUUGUCCAAAUCUUGUAAGCAGGGCCUCAUUAAAAAGCGCUAUCUAUCUAUGGUUAAAUUGGUUUGUAUUAUAGAGGUAUUUAGGAAUGGUUUCAUAUUUGCAUUUAUAGCUUUAGCAGAGAUGUGCUGAUAUGAUACAUAUAGGCCAGAUGAUACUUAUGCUGAAAUUUUAUCUCUCAUUAUAAAAAGUGUAAUGCUACAAUUUAAUAAUUUAUUUUCUGAAUGAGAAUUGGGAAGUUGCUGACAACUGCAAGUAACUGUUUAAAAAAAAUGCAGUACAUACAGAUUUGUGAUGCUCAGGAGCACCACCCCAGGAGUGUAAUUUCACAUACAUUAAUAAGUGAUGGGGACAAUUUUGUAAUUUUUGACCACCAAGACUUCCCUUGGCUCUGUUGGUCUACUUUGGUAAAUAAUGAGUGUUAGAAGUGAACUAUUGUUUCCAGACACAAAACUAUGGCUUUGUCUUGAAUCACAUAGUAAGUAAAAUAGAAUGGUAAGGAAGUAGCCAUAUUUUCACCUUUGCAUAUACCAGUAUAGUAAAAUAAGAAAAGAAAAAAAGUCAGCACAGCUUAUAUCAAUACUGUGGCACAUCUCUAAUCUGUUAGUGGUUACAACCUACCCUCUUAUGGCUGUAAGUGAUUUAUAAAAACAUAUGGUUUAUUAGUAAAGAAAGCUGUCAAAGACUUACUCUUACAAAAUUACAUUUUGUCUGAAAGUUCAUGUUGAUACAUAUUUUUAUAAUGUUUUUUAUGCAAGAUAUAGAAAAUUGUAUACAUCUUUUGUACUUUUUUUAAAUUUUAUACCAAUACAGGUUUUUUUUUAUAACUGUAGAAGCAGCACUAUAUCAAUAGGCACUUUGUUAUGUGAAUUGCUAUGUGUUCAUUUUUGUAUCCUUUGAUAUGGUAGAUGUUCCUAUUCUUGUUUCUGUGUUAUAAUCCCAUUGUAAUUUUAUACACAUGAAAAAAUUUAAUUAUAGGUUGAAAUUUCAGGAUUCAAACAGAAAGAGAUUGGUAGUCACUGCCUUAAAGAAAGGUCACAUAGAGUAAGAUAUUUGCUCAAGAGACAUUAGCUUUUAGCUGUGAAUUGCUAAAUGGUGUACAAACAAAUUUGUGGAGGGAGUUUUCCUGAAAUUUAAAUAUGUAAUUGCACAAUAGAGGUGUAUCAUUUUGAUGUCACAAAAAUUGGACUACUGCAGUAAUUUGCAUAUUCUCUUCAUAACUUUGUUACUCUAAAAAAACCAGUUUACUCAAAGUCAAAUUAUUUAGUGAAAAUAUUAGAUUAUCUGUGUUUUAAAUCCUUGGUGUCGGGUGAUGCCGAUCGGCGUGCAAACAAACCGCUCGAAAGCUGGCGUGCGGCUGUAUGCCGCAGCGAGCCAGUGAUUCGGGCUGAUGUCCCCUACUCAUGCGCUCAAAGUCGGCGCGCUGCCUUUGUUUGCUAGAGCGUAGAGUUUUUUUUUUUGUUUUGUACAUCCAGCGUCAUUGGGUUAAUGCAAAAAUUCAGUCUUUGAGAAUAAUGCAUUUCAAGAUUGAAGUCAAAAGGUCUCCAUUACUAUUUGUUUGAAAUGGAAUAUGAUUUCAUAUACUAAUUAUUAAAACUAUGUGAAUAAGCACUCUCAAAAUAGUCAAGUUUGGUUAAUAAACAGAUGUAUAAAACUAAUAGUAUUUAUUUCCGUAUCUAAUGGUUAAUGCUACCUUGCCUCCCCAUUCUGUCCACUUAUUCUCUUCAGCUAAUGCAUAUUGUUCUUUUCUCAAGUCUAUGUCAAUUUCUAAAUAAGAUUUGAUCUGUAAACAUUCAUUGAUACAAUCAGAAAGGAUGUGUUGAGAGUAGAGAGGGGGGGUGGGGGCAUGGCAGCAGUGAAGGGACCAGGGAGAAGAGAGGAGGUGGUGAGCAGGGAGACCAAGGUGAGGAAGUGGAAGGUGCACUGCUGUUAUCUCUCCUUGUCUUUUCCAGAUUCAAGUGUUCUGUAAGGUCACAUUCCUCAUGACUUCUAACCAUGUGGAUAUCCAUGACCUGUCUCCCCAUAAUCUCUCCUUUUCAUCAAAGCAAAGAUGUACUUGAGAGGGUGGUGAUCACUGGCUGAAUGCAGCAUGUCAGAACAACAAAGUUGUAUGUCAAGCAGUUAUUGUCACCAAGUAAUCAGUUCUCAGUUAUCAUCACCAAACUGCUAAGUGCAUCAUUACCUUGAUAAAGAAAAAUAAAGUUUUGUGACUUUUUUUCUUUCUUCCUUUCUUCCCCAUUGUUUGACAGCUUUGUUCAUUCUUGUAAAAGUUCUCAGGUAGAAUCUGUAAUGUCCAAUAAAGCUUCACUACA